UAAAUUUCAUGAAUGUUAAAUUCAAAUUAAAAUUCGAACAUGGCCGAAACGAAAAUUCGAAUUCAAAUUCCCGGCAUUAAUUGUAUGAGUUGUGUAAAUCAUAUCAAAGAACAUUUACGACAAAAUUAUCCUAAUCAAAUUCAAUAUGAUGAUCCCACUAGUAUCGAAGUUGAUCUAAAUGCCAAAAUAUUAACAUUUAGAAUUAUGGAUUCAAAAUUUACGGCAUCACAGCUACAAAAAUCCAUCACAUCGAUUGAUGAACAAAAAUUUGUUUGUUCAAUUCUUUCUAGCGAUGAUGAUGAAGAUACGAUCUCGAAAACAACACCUCCACUGGUUAGUAGUCAAGAAUCAUGCCAAACCGAUUUGUCAACUGUGCCAUUAUUGAAUCGUCAACAAUCGAAUCAAAGUUCAGUAGCCAUAAACAUGAACAAAUCAAUGAUUUCGCAAAGAAAAUGUUUUGUUUCCAUACAGGGUAUGUCCUGUUCAAGUUGUGUGGAUAAAAUUGAAAGUAAAUUGAAGAAAACACCGGGAAUUAUUUCCUGCCAAAUUGGAUUGAUAACAGCUCGUGCUGAGAUUGAUUUUGAACCAACGGUGAUAAGUAGUGAGAAAAUUAUCGACAUAUUAGACGAUAUGGGCUAUGAUGUGUCAUUAAUCUCUGUGAUCGAUUCUAAUCAACAAUCGGAGCUUCGUUUAGAUGUGAUGGGUGUAACAUCCGAAAAGGAAGCAAAAACCAUACAAACAUCUAUCAAAGAAUUGAUCGGUGUUUCAAUGGCCACGGUUAAUCGUGAAACAGGCCGAACAUCAAUCGUAUAUUAUCCAAAUGUAAUUGGUCCACGAAAAAUUGCUGAUCAAAUCAUUGGACUUGGAUUCACCGUACAUACAAUCAAUUCAUUUGAUCCGGAAAAAUUUACUGAAACAUUGAAAAAAGAAGUGGCUAAAUGGCGACAAUCAUUUUUGAUUUCAUUAAUAUUCGGCAUACCGACUAUUAUUGCUAUGAUUUAUUUUAUGUACAUUUCACCUUUGAUUGAAAAUCAAGAUGACAUGAUUGUUCAUCAACGUUGUUGUGUAAUACCUGGAUUGAGCCUUGAAAAUCUAAUCCUGUUUUGUUUGUCAACACCAGUACAGAUUUUUGGUGCCCGUUAUUUUUAUAUCCAGGCAUUCAAAUCAUUACGAAAUGGCCAUCUAAGCAUGGAUGUAUUGAUCACGUUGGCUACGACAAUCGCCUAUCUAUAUUCGGUCGGUGUUGUCGUUUAUUUUAUAAUCACAGAUCAACGACAAAGUCCAAUGACAUUUUUCGAUACACCACCAAUGUUACUUGUGUUCAUAUCGUUAGGACGAUGGUUAGAACAUAUGAAUCGUCUUCAAACAACUGAAUAUAUUGUCAAUUUAAUGUCAUUGCGGCCAGUGAAAGCAACAUUAUUGGAAUUGGAUCGAAAUGAACAAAAACCGAUAAUGGAUGGCUUAAAAAUGGGAGAUGAAUUGCUUGUCGUGAAAAAUGAAAGAAUAAUCGAUAUUGAUCUGGUGGAAAAAGGUGAUUAUCUUCGCGUACGGCCUGGUGAACGUAUACCAACCGAUGGACGUAUGAUUGGUGGUGAAGCUAUGCUUGAUGAAUCAUUCAUUAAUGGUGAAUCAAUGCCUGUAGCGAAAAAAUCCGGCUCAAUUUUACUUGGCGGAUCAAUCGUAUCAAAUGGAACGGUUGUGAUGGUCGCCACAAAUGUUGGUGCCGAUUCACAGCUAUGUCAGAUUGUUAAAAUGGUUGAAAAUGCACAAACGACAAAAGCACCGAUUCAACAACUAGCUGAUCGAAUAUCAUCAUAUUUCAUACCGUUUGUCAUCAUAACGUCAUUGAUUGUUUUUUUUAUAUGGCUUUGGAUCGGACCAAAAUUAUAUCAACUAAUUUAUUCAUUGAAUCCGAAUUUUUAUGCACAAAUGACUGCCACUGAAGUUGUCAUACAAUUUGCUUUUCAAAUUGGCUUGAGUGUUUUAAUUAUAUCUUGUCCAUGUGCUUUGGGUAUUGCAACACCAAGUGCCGUUAUUAUUGGCACUGGAAUUGGUGCAAUCAAUGGCAUUCAUAUCAAAGGAGCUGAACCAUUGGAACGAGCACAACGAUUGGAUACGAUAAUAUUCGAUAAAACUGGAACAUUAACUUAUGGAAAACCAUCUGUUACGAAUCUAAAAUUAACAUACAGAUUUACGAAACAAUCUUUUGAUUCAUUUGCAAGAAAAUUAAUCAUUAUGAUAGGCAUGGCUGAAGCUAAUAGUGAUCAUCCGAUCGCUGUAUCGGUGGCUAAUUUUGCCCGUUCUGUACUUCGAAUGGAUACCGAUGCCAGUUUUGGUCAAUUGAAUAGUAAAUUCAAAUUAGAAGCCGGUCUUGGCAUUCGUUGUCAAAUUGAACGUAAUCAUUUAAAAUCAUUCGAAUCAUCAUUAAUCAAUUCAUCGAAUAAUAGUGAAAUUUCUAGUCCUAAAUGGUUGGCUGAAAAUUUCAUUUCCUAUGCAUCGUAUAUUGAUCCAGCUAAUAAAACGGAUCAAAAAUUUUUAUUGGAUGAAAAUUUUUAUAAUGUUCAAUCAUAUAAAAUCAUCAUCGGUAAUAUGCGUUGGAUGAAAAAGAACAAUAUUCCUGUGGAAUCAGAAUUUCAAAAUGAAAAUGAUCGACUUGAACAUCAAGGCGAAACUGUUUUUAAUGUUGCAAUAAAUGGUAAAAUUCUUUGUCUAAUAUCAGUGGCUGAUACUGUCAAACCGGAAGCUUUAUUGGCCAUUUAUACAUUGAAAAAUCGUUUCAAACUAGACGUAAUGCUAUUGACUGGUGAUAAUGUUCGUUCAGCAUUAGCCAUUGGACGUAAAGUUGGUAUCAAUCAUAUCUAUGCAGAAUUAUUACCACAACAUAAAAUGGAUAAAAUUAAGCAUCUACAAUCACAAGGAUUAAAAGUAGCAAUGGUUGGUGAUGGUAUUAACGAUGCACCGGCAUUAGCACAAGCCGAUUUAGGUAUUGCCAUUGCUAAAGGUACAGAUAUUACAAUGGAAUCGGCUGAUGUUGUCCUUACAAAGGAUGAUCUAUUAGACAUUGUUUCGUGUAUUGAUUUAUCAACAAAAACUAUGCGACGGAUUCGUAUCAAUUUUCUUCUUGCAUUCAUCUAUAAUGUGGUAUUCAUUCCGAUUGCUGCUGGUAUAUUCAUUAAAUUUGGCAUGAUUCUACAACCAUGGAUGAGUGGUGCUUGUAUGGCAUUCAGUUCAAUAUCUGUAAGCUGUUCAUCAUUAUUAUUGCGACGUUAUCGUAAACCAACUAGACGACAAAUUGAAACAGAUGAUUAUCAUCGUUAUAAAUCGCGUGUAAAAUUACAGAAUCAUGGUGUUACAUUUCCAACAAUAUCAUCAUCAUCACCAUCAUCAGCAUCGAUAAUGGAUCUAGAUAAAUUAUCCAUUCAUAAUGCACAUAAUCUUAUAGAUAAUGGUGUAACUAAAGUGGAUCAUCUUUAUCGACCAAAAUCAAUGGUUAAAAUCAUGUCAUUAUCACGACAGACAAGUAAUGAAUCAGCUACAUCAAGUGAUAGUUCUUCAAAUGAUAAUUAUGAAAAUGUACGUCUUAUCAAGAUGAAUAAAGAUGAUUCAAACAGCAAUAAUAAUGUUCAGAUAAUGCAAUCAUCAGCAACAAAUCGACCUACAAAUGCAGCUACGGAUAUGAAUGAUCCAGAUUCAAUGGUUUAAAUUAUCAUUAUGGAAAUCAAUUUACACUUUUUUUAUAUAUAUAUAUGUAACCACAUUGUUUUUUAGAUUAAAUUUAAUAUUUUGUAUGUUUGAUGAUUCGAAAAAUAGCAUUUUACUCAUUACCUUGAAUUUUUGAUUAUAACCAAGAAAUAAAAAUUUAAAAUUAGA